GUUCGGGCAUCACAGCCUGUUGUUAUACCAAUGAGCGGCGAGUCUGGAGCAUCUUCGUCCACUACUCCAAAGGGUGCUGCUGCAACUAGUGCCGCAACUACCGUCGAAGCUGCAAAUGUAGUAGUUGGCGCUUCCUCCGGCGAACACGCACCUACCAGACGUGUGGCAGAGCUUGCUGAAGAGCUCUUGAGCGUGCAGAAGUGGCGAGGGAACAAGAACAAAAGGCCAAGAAUAUACGCUGAGGAGAACACACCGAAUUUAGCGUAUCCACCACUCAUACCAAUGUCCGAGAACGGCCUCGUCAUUCCUCUCGACGAGGUUGCGAAAGGCCGACCUCUGAGGCCAGGUGAUUCGACUAUGCUAACGCAAGCUGCAUUCGAGGAGACGCAAAAGUGUCUCAAUCGCAACCGCUUGCCUGGUGACGACGGUACUGAUCGCGCUGUCACUUUCACUCUCACACUGAAGGAAUUACGAGAUCGGCAAUUGAUUCCGACAGACGCAGGUCUAAAACUCUGGAUUUCGCCAUCUGCACAGGCAGCACGUGAACGCUACGCCUGCUUACCAUCUGAACACAUUUGCACCCCGUUUUUGCGUACUGAGCCGUCUUAUUUCCCAUUGGACUGCGAGACCCAGUCUCUACAAGCAGUAUUCGGCGACCGCUUCAUGAGCGCCAUCGAUUUUCGGAUCGAAGGUCUGGACAACAUCGGCAAUAAGGGCCAAGUGGAGAUCGAUAUCGAUCGGAAAGAGUCCUUCAUGUGGCGCGAUUUUCAUAAGUACACGUCAACUAUCCUCCGCGAAGAGUGUCCCGAAGAGCCUGCGCAUUUAUUUCCAGUCGACACAGACGAAGCGCAGUUAGACGCGAAGACUGAAAAAGUGAUGUUCUGCUACAAGAUCACGCAAACGCAUAAUUUGGAUCGAAGUUUGCCGCCUUUACGGUGCAUUAACAUUGUGCCUGUGGUCGUUUUCGUGAACGAGAUGCCGGAGCCUGUUUUUGUAAGGCAAGCUGACAAUGUGUCGGCAAUUUCCUACGAUAAGCGAGACCAGCAUUGUAAAGACGUGCGACGCGUGAUGCAGUUUAAUCUGCCGG